GCACCUGACAUAUAUUUAAUAAUGAUCCCUUCUAUAAAUUGGAUAAACCUUCUGCCAAUUAAUCCAUGGAUUUACACUAUUACAUGAUAUAAUUGGCCUCCUCAUUUCUGCUAACGUGCGCUGCUGGCCGGUGAUCUAAUCCUUCACCCCCCACCCCCUUCCUCCCGCGCUAUCCCAGCCGUUGGAUCAACCGCCCCCAAGUCUUCUUCGUCAUCAUCUUCAUCUUAAUCUUCUUCUUCAGUAGAGGCUCUCUCUCUCUCUCUGCUCCGCUUAGCUCCCGCAUGAAGUGUGGCGAUGAAAACGUGGCGGCGGUGGUUGCUCGCUCGCUAUUGCGGUGUGUGAAUGUUCGGACCGGGUUCGACUGAAACCCUAAACCUAAUUGUGAAUUUGAUCUGAGGAGGUUUUAUAGUAUUUGCUUGGUUUUGGUUAUGGAUAUGGAUCCUAAGGAGCUCAAUUUGAACAAAGGACCUGAAGGCUGCGGCGGCGCCGGCGGUGGUGAGGGGUUUAUAGAUAGGAGCAAGGUGAGGAUUUUGCUCUGCGAUAACAACGAGUCCAGCUCCGAAGAAGUUCUCAGGCUUCUUUUGAAAUGCUCUUAUCAAGUCACUUCGGUCAAGUCUCCUCGGCAGGUGAUCGAUGCAUUGAAUGCAGAGGGACCUGAUAUUGAUAUCAUACUUGCCGAAGUCGACCUUCCAAUGAGAAAAGGAACCAGAAUGUUGAAGUACAUCACACGGCAUAGAGAGUUGAGGCGCAUUCCUGUGAUCAUGAUGUCGGCACAGGAUGAGGUCUCUACUGUUGUCAAGUGCCUGAGGCUUGGAGCGGCAGACUAUCUUGUAAAGCCUUUACGAACUAAUGAGCUUUUAAACUUGUGGACACAUAUGUGGAGAAGAAGACACAUGCUUGGACUUGCAGAGAAGAACGUGUUUAGUUAUGACUUUGAUACAGUUGUAUCAGAUCCUAGUGAUCCUACUACAAACUCAUUCUCGGAUGAUACAGAAGAGAAGUCUCAGAAGAGUGCCAAUCCAGAGAUACCUGUUCCUGCUGCCGCGGAGCCUCCACUGGAUGAUCAAUUAGAGUUUCAGAGUGAUGUUCCAGAAAUAUGUGACCGCCAAACUGGUGAGCCACGAAAAUUUUCAUCUGGCCCAAAAAAGAGCGAACUCAAGAUUGGGGGGUCAUCUGCCUUCUUUACCUAUGUCAAAUCAAGCACAAUUGAAAACAACUCCCAAGUCCUUACAAAGGAUAAUGGUGCUGAACGGUCAAGAGUGGAAGGGAAACAUCCAGCAUGUAGUCAACAAAUGGUUGAUGAGUCUCUCCAAGUAGAUGGAAAUGGAGUAGCAUGGGAAAGCUAUUCACAAGAAGAUGACUUUCCAAUUAGUAAUAGUAUCCCAGAUUCUCUUUCAUUGGAGAGGUCUUGCACCCCACCUGGUUCAAUGGAACUUCAGCAUCAGAAGAAUAAUGCGGAAGACAGAUCCUCUCAGGUGCCUGCGCAUCCUAGAAAUGAACCUCAACACGAUGUUUCUAGAUUGCCUGCCCAUGCUUCGUAUCCAUACUAUAUGCCGGGGGUUGUCAAUCAGGUUAUGGGGUCAUCAUCAACUCAAGUGUAUCAAAAGAAUCUGCACGACAUGCCAAAUCAUGCCGCAGCAGCAAUUAUGCAACAUUACAGUCAUCUUCCACACUGCCCUCCACAUGUUAAUGGGAUGACUUCAUUAUCCUACUAUCCGCUUAGUAUAUGCUUACAACCUGGUCAGAUGCCUAACAAUCAUUCAUGGCCAUCCCUUGGAAGCUCAUCUGCCAGUGAAGUGAAAUUAAGUAAGGUUGACAGAAGAGAGGCAGCAUUGAUUAAAUUUAGGCAGAAAAGAAAGGAGCGUUGCUUUGAUAAAAAGAUUAGGUAUGUUAAUCGAAAAAGACUUGCUGAAAGGAGGCCUCGUGUACGGGGACAAUUUGUGAGGAAGGUAAAUGGUGUAGAUGUUGAUCUCAAUGGGCAACCUGCUUCUCUUGAUGAUGACGAGGAUGAUGAGGAUGAGAAGGAUGUUGAGGAGCUUGCGUGAAGGUUUCCUAUGUGGAAGAUGUUGCUUCUUGAUAUUGAAGUCAUUCAUUCUUGUCGGUUAUGAGGCAGCAUGUUUUCAGUUCCCAAGUGCAAUAAUUUCCUUGUAGUUGUAGAAAGUUUGUUGAGGAAGUUCCUGCAUCUUGGGGUAUUCACUAUAUGGAUGAUAGGAAUUGGUGCUGCACUUUCAAGUGAAGUGUCCUGAGAGCAUCACCAUAUCGGAUGGAGUUGAUCAAGGGUGCAAACUUCUGGUUAUAAUAUCUAUCAAGUCGAAGAGAUUAGAUCAUUAAAAAGUAUCCCUUUGCACAUUGCUCAGGAACGCAGAGCCCAGAAGAUGCGUCAUGUAGAGUUCUUGAAUCUACUAUUCGACCACAAAUUCUCUUUGCUGGGUCGGAAGCAUUCACCAUUUGUUACAUCAAAAUCCAUACGGGAAAUGGGUUAGUUUUUCAGAUUUCUUUGUGAACAAAUGGCUGAGAUCUCAAAUAGCAUAUCAACUGGAGAAGUUUUUCUUCAUUUUUCUUUUUUGUUUGUAUGUAAUAUUAUGUUCAUUAAAAUUUCAUAAUCCAAGUCUCUUUCAUGCGUUUUCUUUAA